AUGAUAUCAACGUGUCCAAACAACCUGGGUCUCCAGUGGCAACCAAACCACUGCGCUUCUCUACCUGGGGACAGCACCAUCAUACAGCACCAUCCCACAGCAACAUCCUAUAGCACCGUCCUGCAGCACCAUCCUACAGCACCAUCCUACAGCACUAUCAUACAUCACACAGCACCAUCCUACAGCACCAUCCUACAGCACCAUCCUACAGCAACAUCCUACAGCACUAUCCUACAGCACCAUCCUUCAGCACCAUCCUACAGAACCAUCCUACAGCACUAUCAUACAUCACACAGUACCAUCCUACAGCACCAUCCCACAGUAACAUCCUACAGCACCGUCCUGCAGCACCAUCCUACAGCACUAUCCUAUAGCACCAUCCUUCAGCACCAUCCUUCAGCACUAUCCUACAUCACACAGCACCAUCCUACAGCACAAUCCCACAGCACCAUCCUACAACACCAUCCCACAGUAACAUCCUACAGCACCGUCCUGCAGCACCAUCCUACAGCACCAUCCUACAGCACCAUCCUUCAGCACUAUCCUACAUCACACAGCACCAUCCUACAGCACAAUCCCACAGCACUAUCCUACAGCACCAUCCUUCAGCACCAUCCCACAGAACCAUCCUUCAGCACUAUCAUACAUCACACAGCACCAUCCUACAGCACCAUCCCACAACACCAUCCCACAGCACCAUCCUGCAGCACCAUCCUACAGCACCAUCCUUCAGCACUAUCCUACAGCACCAUCCUUCAGCACCAUCCCACAGAACCAUCCUUCAGCACUAUCAUACAUCACACAGCACCAUCCUACAGAACCAUCCUACAGCACCACCCUACAACACCAUCCUUCAGCACCACGCUACAACACCAUCCUACAGCACCACGCUACAACACCAUCCUACAGCACCACCCUACAACACCAUCCUACAGCACCACGCUACAACACCAUCCUACAGCACCACGCUACAACACUAUCCUACAGCACCACCCUACAACACCAUCCUACAGCACCACGCUACAACACCAUCCUACAGCACCACGCUACAACACCAUCCUACAGCACCACGCUACAACACUAUCCUACAGCACCACCCUACAACACCAUCCUACAGCACCACCCUACAACACCAUCCUACAGCACCACGCUACAACACCAUCCUACAGCACCACGCUACAACACUAUCCUACAGCACCACCCUACAACACUAUCCUACAGCACCACGCUACAACACCAUCCUACAGCACCACGCUACAACACUAUCCUACAGCACCACCCUACAACACCAUCCUACAGCACCACGCUACAACACCAUCCUACAGCACCACGCUACAACACCAUCCUAAAGCACCACGCUACAACACCAUCCUACAGCACCACGCUACAACAUCAUCCUACAGCACCACGCUACAACACUAUCCUACAGCACCACCCUACAACACCAUCCUACAGCACCACGCUACAACACUAUCCUACAGCACCACCCUACAACACUAUCCUACAGCAUCACGCUACAACACUAUCCUACAGCACCACCCUACAACACUAUCCUACAGCACCACCCUACAACACCAUCCUACAGCACCACCCUACAACACCAUCCUACAGCACCAUCCUACAGCACCAUCCUUCAGCACUAUCCUACAGCACCAUCCUUCAGCACCAUCCCACAGAACCAUCCUUCAGCACUAUCAUACAUCACACAGCACCAUCCUACAGAACCAUCCUACAGCACCACCCUACAACACCAUCCUUCAGCACCACGCUACAACACCAUCCUACAGCACCACGCUACAACACUAUCCUACAGCACCACCCUACAACACCAUCCUACAGCACCACGCUACAACACCAUCCUACAGCACCACGCUACAACACUAUCCUACAGCACCACCCUACAACACCAUCCUAAAGCACCACGCUACAACACCAUCCUACAGCACCACGCUACAACAUCAUCCUACAGCACCACGCUACAACACUAUCCUACAGCACCACCCUACAACACCAUCCUACAGCACCACGCUACAACACUAUCCUACAGCACCACCCUACAACACUAUCCUACAGCAUCACGCUACAACACUAUCCUACAGCACCACCCUACAACACUAUCCUACAGCACCACCCUACAACAUCAUCCUACAGCACCACCCUACAACACCAUCCUACAGCACCACCCUACAACACCAUCCUACAGCACCACGUUACAACACCAUCCUACAGCACCACCCUACAACACCAUCCUACAGCACCACGCUACAACACUAUCCUACAGCACCACCCUACAACACUAUCCUACAGCACCACCCUACAACACCAUCCUACAGCACCACGCUACAGCACCAUCCUACAGCACCACCCUACAACACCAUCCUACAGCACCCUCCUACAGCACCAUCCCACAGCACCAUCCUUCAGCACCAUCCUACAGCACCCUCCUACAGCACCAUCCCACAGCACCAUCCUUCAGCACUAUCCCACAGCACCCUCCCACAGCACCAUCCCACAGCACCAUCCUACAGAACCAUCCUACAGCACCUCCUACAGCACCAUCCUACAGCACCACCCUACAGCACCAUCCUACAUACUCAUUCCUCAUUAGACUUGAGAUCGUUGUUCAUAUAA